UAUGUCAUGUUUAUGUGGUGUGUGAUGUGGACACGUAUUGCAGAUGCAAUUUUAUUUAAUUUCUCAAUAUUAAAAGCCAUUUUUACUAUUUAAUAGUUAGUUAUUACAUUCAGUGGCAGUUCUGUAUCAUCUCGUGUGUAUUAAAAGUUCAGUGGCUUUUGUAAUUAAAGCACCAUGGGGGAGCAGCCGUGUUACACAUUGAUCAAUUUCCCGACUGAUUCUGAUCCUCACAAUGAAAUGCAAUUAAAGCUUGAUUUAGAAAAAGGGGACAUAAAGAAAAAGAUUGAAGCAUUAAAAAAGGUGAUCAGCAUCAUACUCUCUGGGGAGAAGAUCCCUGGUCUGCUCAUGAUCAUCAUCAGAUUUGUGCUGCCACUGCAAGAUCACACCAUCAAGAAGCUGCUGCUCAUCUUUUGGGAGAUUGUGCCCAAGACUACCCCUGAUGGCAAGCUCAUGCAAGAAAUGAUUCUAGUCUGUGAUGCUUACAGGAAGGAUUUGCAACACCCUAACGAGUUCCUGCGUGGUUCAACCUUGCGUUUCCUCUGCAAGCUGAAGGAGCCUGAGCUACUGGAGCCUCUAAUGCCCACAAUCCGCGCUUGUCUGGAGCACAGACACUCGUACGUCAGAAGGAAUGCUGUGCUUGCGAUCUUUACUAUUUAUCGCAACUUCGAGUUCCUGAUCCCGGACGCGCCGGAGCUGGUGGGCGCGUUCCUGGAGGGCGAGCAGGACAUGUCGUGCAAGCGCAACGCCUUCCUCAUGCUGCUGCACGCGGACCAGGAGCGCGCGCUCGCCUACCUGGCCGAGCGCCUGGACCACGUGCACGCCUUCGGGGACAUCCUGCAGCUCGUCAUCGUCGAGCUCAUCUACAAGGUGUGCCACGCUAACCCGUCGGAGCGUUCGCGAUUCAUCCGCACGGUGUACGGGCUGCUCAACGCACCCAGCGCUGCGGUGCGUUAUGAGGCCGCGGGCACGCUCGUCACGUUGUCUUGCGCGCCCGCCGCCGUCAAGGCUGCAGCCGCCUGCUACAUCGACCUCAUCGUGAAGGAGAGCGACAACAACGUCAAACUGAUCGUGGUGGGCAAGCUCAGCGCCCUGCGCGCCGCCAGCGGCGAGGCGGGCGCCCGCGCGCUGCCCGACCUGGCCAUGGACGUGCUGCGCGUGCUGGCCGCCUCCGACUUGGACGUGCGCAGGCACACGCUGCACCUCGCGUUGGAGUUGCUGACGUCACGGCACGCGGAGGAGCUGGUGAGCACGCUUCGCAAGGAGGCUGCGCGUGCGCAGCUCGCGGACCAUGACGACGCGCAGAAGUACCGACAGCUGCUGGUCCGAGCCAUGCACCGCGCUGCUCUUAAGUUCCCCGAGGUGGCGGGCGCGGUGUCGCCGGCGCUGCUGGAGCUGCUGGGCGACGGCGCCGAGCUGGCGGCGGCCGACGUGCUCUCCUACCUGCGCCACGCGCUGCACGCCUUCCCCGACCAGCGGCCCCAGGUGUACGCGAAACUACUGGAGUGCAUCAGCAGUAUCAGCGUGGGCAAGAUCGUGCGCUCGGCGCUGUGGCUGCUGGCCGAGUUCGCUGACAGCGCCGACAGCGCGCGCGCCGCACUCGACGUGCUGGCGGCCGCCGUGCCCGCGGUCCAACCCGGCGGCGCCGAGUCGGAAGGAGGGAAGAAAGAGGGUGAGAAAGAAGGUGCGAAAGAGAAAGAAGUUCCAAAAGAGAAAGAAGCUCCGGCGCGACAACUGGUGACCAGUGACGGUGCUUACGCUACUCAAUCUGCCUUCAACUUGCCCAAGUUACCGUCGUCAGACAGCAGUACGGAAGGUCUACGUAGCGCCUUACGCGAAGGAGAAAGCUUUACUGCGGCGUGCGCGUGCUCUGCUUUGGCCAAACUUGCUCUCCGCGUGGACGACCCAGCGCAGGCUAAUCGAGCCUUACACUUGUCAGCUUCAUUGUUGGCCUAUCAUAAGCAAAAUGCGGGCACGAAGGCCAGCAGCGGGCUGACGGCGGACGACGUGGAGCACGGCGCCACGUGCGCGCGCGCCGCGGCGUCGCGCCCGCCCGUCAUCCGCGACGCGCUGCUGGGCGCCUCGCGCCGCGCGCUGGCCGCGCUGCUGGCGCUGCCCGACCGCGCCGCGCCCUCGCUGCUGCCCGAGGCCGAGCAACAGCAGGAGCGCUCGGAGCGCGAGGCCCGCUCCGCGCGCCGCGUGGACGUGGAGACGGGCAUCAACUUCGCGGCGCUAGCGGGCGCCGCGGCGACCGCGCACCACGACGUGUUCGAGCUGUCGCUCAGCAAGGCGCUGCAAGGCCGCACGACAGCGUCGGAGGAGCGCGGCAAGCUGUCCAAGGUCACGCAGCUAACCGGCUUCUCGGACCCGGUGUACGCGGAGGCCAUCGUGGCCGUCAACCAGUACGACAUCGUGCUGGACGUGCUCGUGGUUAAUCAGACCGACGACACGCUGCAGAACUGCACCGUGGAGCUGGCCACCCUGGGCGAGCUGCGCCUGGUGGAGCGGCCGGCGGGCGUGGUGCUGGCGCCGCGGGACUUCGCCACCAUACGCGCACAUGUCAAGGUCGCGUCCACCGAGAACGGCAUCAUCUUUGGCAAUAUUGUGUACGAAGUGAGCGGCGCGUCCAUGGACCGCGGCGUGGUGGUGCUCAACGACAUCCACAUCGACAUCGUGGACUACAUCCAGCCCGCCGCGUGCAGCGACGCGGACUUCCGCCACAUGUGGGCCGAGUUCGAGUGGGAGAACAAGGUGUCUGUGAACACGAAUAUCACAGACCUGCGCGGUUAUCUAGAACAUCUCCUAGCUUCCACCAAUAUGAAAUGCCUGACGCCGGAUAAGGCGCUGUCGGGGCAGUGCGGCUUCAUGGCGGCCAACCUGUACGCGCGCUCCAUCUUCGGGGAGGACGCGCUGGCCAACCUCAGCAUCGAGACGCCGCUGCACCGCGCCGGCGCGCCCGUCGUCGGCCACGUGCGCAUCCGCGCCAAGACACAGGGCAUGGCGCUCAGCCUGGGCGACAAGAUAAACAUGAUGCACAGGUCGCUGCCGCAGAAGCAGCCCGACCCCAUCGCCGCCGCGUGAUCGCCGGCGUAGAUAAGUUCACUACAUUUGUAAGUUGUGCCACGUAAAAAGAGCGCCGAUGGUGGAAUCCCAGAAUUCAGUUUUUAAAUGUGUCUUUGACGGCUGAACUCCGUGAUUUAUCGAAAAAAUUUACGAUACCUUAUUGACGGUACUUUAAAUUCUAAAAGAGCACCAUUCAGAACAAAAAAAAUACAAAAAAGCGAAUUAUAAAUAUUAUUACUUGAAUCGCUUUUAAUUAUUUUGAUAUUGUAGUGAGAAAAUUGAGUCUUGUCGAUUGUUUUAAGAAAAAGAAUAUUAACGAUAAUAUGUAGUAUGUGAUGUAAGUGUAAUGGCUCUUUAAUUAUCUCUACGCAAUCGUUGCUGCAUUUAUAAUAAUCGAAAAAACUAACAUAUCACAGGCACCCCACAACUAUUAAAUAGUGUAAACAAUGGAUACAAAUAGCUUUGAAGUUUGUAUAAAUUAAAGAACUGCGCAGGUUGACCAUCAGCGCUCUUUUUGCAUGCCGCUACCUAUACCUACCUUUUUAGUUAUCUAUACUUUGUAUUAAUACAUAUUUUAUUGAUACUAAUUAAUUUUUGUAACUAUACUUUUGAAAUUCAAAAUUCCUGGUGGUUGAGUCCUCCCAUCAGUUAUAAGUUCUGUAAAUGAUUUUAAUCGUCAUUUAAUAUUAUGAAAAAUAUAAUUAUAUGUCAUAGUUAAUCUA